AGCUAGCUUCUUAGCAUGCUGCUCAGUGAGGUUAGCUAGCCUCUUAGCACAAUGCUGAGCGGGGAGGUGAGGUUAGCUAGCCUCUUAGCACAAUGCUGAGCAGGGAGGUGUGGUUAGCUAGCCUCUUAGCACAGUGCUGAGCAGGGAGGUGGGGUUAGCUAGCCUCUUAGCACAACUUUGAGGAGGGAGGUGAGGUUAGCUAUAGCCUCUUAGCACAGUGCUGAGCAGGGAGGUGGGGUUAGCUAGCCUCUUAGCCCUGUGCUGAAUAACAGAGACAGCAUGAACACUGGCAGUUGGAGUGCGUGGGGGGUGCUUCAGUGAUCCAGAAUUUCUGAAGUGAAUAUAUUUAUAAAAAUGUUUCUUGCCCUCUCCCUACAGACCGGAGCUUAGAUACAGUCAGGGGCAGCUGAGCGACAGGCAUUGGGGAGCAGCACAUUUCCACUGUCCUGUAUUAAUCCUGCUGCAGAUCACUGCCUGUCACUGUCCUUCUUAUUCUUUUCUUGGUCAACAUAAGAAUGUUGUUCAGUACAUGUUAAAUGAAUGACAAAAGAACUGUCAAAAGCAAACGCAAAAACCGCCGGCGUGACUGAGAACGGAGAGACAGGGGCACACUCAGAGACGAGGCCGGGAUGGGAGUCGAGAUAAGAACGGCGUUUAGAAAUUAAUGGCAGAGUGGGACUAAGCGAGAGAGUGAAAAGGCAGGGAAGUGAAUAGAGGUCAGGAAGAGAAGGAAUUGGGAAUGAAAGCAAAGCAAAUAGAAAGAGUGAGAGAGGGGUAAAAGGAGGGGUAGGAAGAAUUUCCCCAAGGAGAAGAUGUGUUUACGCUCCCUCUCUCCCUACCUCACUCACUCGCUUUGCCUGCUCAGCAGCACAGUCUGAGGUUCUCACUCCCUCUCUCCGUCUCUCUCUCUCAGUCUCUAUUUCUCUCUCUCUUACAGUCCCUCUCUCUCUUUAUCUCCCCCUCAGUGAGCUGCAGCCAGAUCCACGCGUUGCCUCCCCUUACAAGUUACAAGUCCCCAACAGGGCUGGCAGCUGGACACGCAGACAGGGGACAAAGGAAGAGCUGGGAGAAGAGACAGAAAGAGGGAAGCUCUGAAAAAGUGUCAGCAAAACAAAAGAGCCCAGACCUGGUGGACCGUGAUUGAGAGACGUACAGCGGAGCCACACAGACACAGGUUCAGUAUUUGGGUGAUGACCCGGGCCUGAUCGGCAGAUCCCCCCGACUGCUAAGCGCCGCCCUGCAGAGGGGGGGGCCAUGGUGUGGAAUCUGCUUCUGGCCCUGCUGCUGCUGCUCCUCCUACAGGCCCAGCUGUCUGUGUGCCUCCGCGGGCCGCGUGGGGCGGCAUCCCCACCGGGCAACGCCACGCAGCGGCUGCCCGGCGCCAUCAUCGUCGGCGUGAGAAAGGGCGGCACGCGGGCACUGCUGGAGAUGCUCAGCCUGCACCCGGACGUGGAGGUAGCUAAGGCUGAGGUGCACUUCUUCAACGUGGAUGAGCACUACCACCGCGGGCUGGCUUGGUACCGCGCCCAGAUGCCGGUGACCCUGCCGGGCCAGCUGACGGUGGAGAAGACUCCUGGGUACUUUGCGAGCCCUCAGGCCCCAGCGAGGGUGCGAGCCAUGGACCGGGCCGUGCGGCUGCUGCUUAUUGUUCGUGACCCGGCGCAGCGGCUGGUGUCUGAUUACACGCAGGUCCUGCACAACCGCAGGGAGCGCCACAAGCCCUACCCUGCUCUGGAAGAGCUGCUGCUGCUGGACGGCGCUGUGAACCCUGCCUACAAGGCCCUGCAGCGCAGCCUCUAUCACCUGCACCUCAGCCGCUGGACGGCCCACUUUCCCAGGGCCCAGAUCCACGUGGUGGAUGGUGACGCCCUCAUUCGGAACCCCUUCCCUGAGCUGCAGCGGGUGGAGCGUUUCCUGGAGUUGCCGGCGCGCAUCAGUGCCUCCAACUUCUACUUCAACACCACCAAGGGCUUCUACUGCCUGCUCUCCGCUGGCCGCGACAAGUGCCUGGACGAGUCCAAGGGGAGGCCACACGCCCCGCUCAGCCGGCCAGCUCUGCGCAUGCUCUGCCGCUUCCUGAAGGAGCCCAACCGUCGCUUCUUCAGCAUGGUGGGCCGCACCUUCUCCUGGUGCUGAGGCUCCACCCACUGCCCCUCCCAUUGCCCCGCCCACCCCAACCGAACGGUCUCCUCCGGUGCUGGGGUGAAGAACAAGGAGCGAGGUGUCCGGCAGAGAGCGUGACUGUACGUAACCUCCCCCAAUUUCUCUCUGCUGUGUACAGAACGGGCAGAAAGGAGAGCAGGACUGCCAGGUGGGUUUCUGCCCUGGUGCAUGAAAAAUAACUUGCUGGGAAGACAAGGACCAAUCAGCUUUAGUGACACUGGGGCAGGGGCGCCGUAAGGGGGAGGAAAGCUAGGACGAUUCCUGAGUGACAGGGGCCCUACAAAAUUAGGAAAAUAACUGGAUUGGUUUGGACUGGGGGGCCUAAUAUGAUAUGCUUUCAUGGGGCCCAAAAUCUCUAGCAACGCCCCUGCACUGGGGUGUUAUAACUGUGACUCAGACCAAUGAAAACAGAGUGCAAAUGUAGAGGAACAAUUAAGGUGAAAUGAACAGCUACAGAUUCUGCCAUGUUUGUGUACUUUGCAUGAUCAUUUAUACGCAGGUGAUGCGCACAUUUUUCUGUAAAUUUUAACUGAUCCCUAUGCAGUCACCCCACAAAUUAUGUGAACUGUAGAAAGGCAGAAUUUCUACACACAACUGGGGCAUUUAUGUAAACCAUUUAAAGUAACGUAGAAUUAUAUAGCAUUACAUGAAAAGUGAAAGGGAUUUAUUCUUCACUCAGUGCAGAGAGGACACACCACAGUGGCUGGCAAAACAGUGGCAUAAAAAGUAUUGUUAUCCACACCCAGAAAUGCAAGCAUCGCAAACAGAAUACUCUAGGCGUUUUGAGAACUCACCUUUAGAGAAAAUAUGUAUAUUUUACACCACACUGUGCCCCACAGUUUGAACAUUUUUUCAUCGUUCACGCAUGAUUCCUAGAGAUCAGUGGCCUGCAGAGAUACAGAGAUACACUUGUAAAGUAUUUAAGUGGCUGUAAUAAAGAAUUCACAAGCAGCAGCCCCUCACGCACACUGAAGUCCUCAUACUGGACAGAAUUUCUAACGAUUUUAUAGACAUCCCAGCUAAUUGAAUUGUUCAUGCAAGAAUCAACAAAAGCUGGGCAUCAGAUCCUUGCUGCAGGUUUCACGGUGCUUAUGUGUGCAGAUCUAAUCACCUGCACUCCAUUUACCAUUUGUUGUCUUUUUUAUGUUGGAUCUUCAACAUAUAAAUAUUUAAUUGAGAGUAUCUUUAUUUUUAAUUUUCUUCUAAAACUGAUGAUUGUAAUGAUUCGAAUGGUAAUUUCACAACUUUU